AUGCGGCUCUCGGUCGCUGCAGCCAUCUCCCAUGGCCGAGUAUAUCGCCGUCUGGGCCUUGGUCCGGAGUCUCGCAUCCAUCUGUUGCGGAACUUACUCACAGGGCUGGUGCGGCACGAACGCAUCGAGGCACCAUGGGCGCGUGUGGACGAGAUGAGGGGCUAUGCGGAGAAGCUCAUCGACUAUGGGAAGCUGGGAGACACCAACGAACGAGCCAUGCGCAUGGCUGACUUCUGGCUCACAGAGAAGGACUUGAUCCCAAAGCUCUUUCAAGUACUGGCCCCUCGGUACAAAGAUCAAAAUGGGGGCUACACAAGAAUGCUGCAGAUCCCAAAUCGGAGUACGGAUCGGGCCAAGAUGGCAGUGAUCGAAUAUAAAGGGAAUUGCCUUCCACCCCUGCCUCUGCCUCGCAGAGACAGCCACCUUACACUCUUAAACCAGCUACUGCAGGGUUUGCGGCAGGACCUCAGCCAGAGCCUCGAAGGAAGCAACCACAGCUCCCACACAGCUCAAACACCAGGGAUUUAACUGGAUCUGAAGAGUCUGCAGUCCUUAACCAGUACCCAUGAUCACAGGCCUUUGGAGUACUUUUACCUCUGAGAAGAACUGAAGCUAGAGCUGUAAAAUGGACAGUCUUGAUGGGGUUGAGAACCUUUUGGGGAGCCAGAUGACCCUGUCUUUGCACAAUAGAUAAAAGUCUUUAUAUGAAUAUA